GCCUUUUGACGUCCUAGUGGUCUGUGGGAGUAGUAACCUCGUAUGUAUCUUCAACUGCUCGAUAUCUGGCAACCUCUCACACGUCCAGACUUUGGAUCUCGGUCCGAAUGCUGGGCCGGUGUGGAGGGUGGCGUGGGACCUGACUGGCACUAUACUGGCGACGGCACAGGAAGGAGGGCAG